AUGGGAGAGACCUGGCCGGACUCCCACUCUCCUCCUCCCGCAGCCCCACCUCUGUCCUGCUUAACUCCCCGCCAGGCCAGCCGUGGGGCCACCAUUCCAGUCCCCAUCCCCACAAUGCUCCGGUUGCUGCUGCUCUGCGGGGCCCUGGGCUGUGGGGCGGACCAGGCGGCCCCGCUCACCUUCACCAUGCUGCAGCAGACCCGUGUCUCCAAAGGCAGCUCUGAAUUCUGGGGGAAUGCCAGCCUGGAUGGGCAGCUCAGCCAUCUCCUGGAAGGGCUUAAUGUCACCCAGGUGCUGCCGCUGGAGCCUCCGGAUGCCUGGGCCAGGCGGCAGCAGGAUGUGACCACCUACCUGGACUACUUCGGCCAGCUGGUGAAGCUCUUCAGCAAAGAGAGGCCUAUCAACUACACCCAGAGCCUGUGCUGCCACCUCGGCUGCCGCCUCUUCCCCAAUGGCACAGCCCAAAGCUUCUACGAGGUGACACUCAACGGGACAGCUUUCCUGAGCUUCCAUGUCCCCAAUGCCACUUGGGAGCGGCGCUGGCCCGGCAGGGAUGCGGUGGCCACCUUUGCUGAGAGGGAGCUGAUGAAGUACCCCAAAACCACCCGGGAUCUCCAGCAUUUCCUCAACACCACCUGUGUGGGCAUCCUGCAGGCUCAGAGUGCUGCGUCGGGUAAACAGAGCAGCCGGUCGCACACCCCGCUGGUGCUGGGCCUGAUCCUGGGGACCUUCGCCUUGCUGGGCAUGGCUGUAGGGAUCUUCUUGUGCACAGGAGGGAGCUGCUAGCGGAGACAGCGGUCCCACAUCACCCUGUGGAGGCAGGGAAUGGACCCAUCUUCCUCCUGUGGAGGCAGGGACCAAGCCUGUGCCACACAAGGGUUAUGUCUCCCCAGCACCGCAGGCUUUGCUCCCAAAAGACAUCGGUGGGUUCCCUGCCUAGUCCAAGCUGGGCUGACCCCCCCAAGCAGCAGUGCCCUGCGCUGGGGAUGGUCCCCACACCAGGCUGGUGUCAUGCACUGAGUCUUAACACUGAAAUACACGUGGCACGGAUGGAAAAAGAUGGGGAAGCAAGAUGGGUGAAAUCAGCAGGAGGAACAACCAAGUAUGGGUUUAAAAGGAUGGCAUCAUACCCUCAUUUAUCCCUGUUUGAUAGGGAUAAACACACAGGAGGGCGGAUGUCAGGCUCUGUGGCAGUGCUUGGAGAUGUCGUGUAAUAAAACCACCCAUCAGCUCUCCCAG